AGAGGCGGCACCUUUGUGUGGCCUCCUCCCUCACUCACUCAACCUUCACACGUAUAUAUAGAAGCACCAGGGGGCAGGCAGCUUCAGUGUCUCCUCCGACUCCGUCCAGAGCACAUCCUCGCCGCCAUGAAAGCCACACUUAUUCUUCUUUGUGUCUGCGCUGCCUUGUCUGCCGCCUACGCCGCUCCUGGCUAUGGCGGCUAUGGUGGUGGCUACGGUGGCGGCUACGGUGGCGGCUACGGUGGCGGCUAUGGCGGCGGCUAUGGCGGCGGCUACGGUGGCGGCUAUGGCGGCGGCUACGGUGGCGGCUAUGGCGGCGGCUACGGUAACGGGUAUGGCUUCGGCGGGCAUUACCGUGGCAGCAGGGGAGGCUACGGCGGCGGCUACAUCAGCUACACCCUGAAGACUCCUGGCGGCGGCUACAGCUUCGGCGGCCCUGGUAAUGCUGGCGUCCAUGGCAACACUGGCUAUGGAUACGGCGGCGGCUAUGGCGGCUAUGGUGGUGGAUAUGGCGGCGGCUAUGGCGGCUAUGGAGGCUACGGAUACGGACACUAAUAGAAAAGUAUUAAUUUGUAUAAAAAAAAACACUAAAAAAAACAUCGACCCUACGUGCUUUCAAAGAGAUGAGGGAUUUCUGAGACGUGUUUUCAAAGUUUAUUGGUGAAAUAGUAUGAAUUAACCUGUUUCUUUCUCUUUUUUUUUUUUCAAAAGGGAUUUCUUUUGUUUCUCUCCUUGUGCUUUUUUUUUUUUUUUUUUGUCUAUUCUCUGUCUUAUUCUCGUAUUCCUUCGCUUAGGUGCCGUUCCUUUCGAUCAAUUCACUGAUUACUGACUGUCUGUUUCAUCAAUUCACUGAUUACUGACAGUCUGUUUAUCGUUUGUGAGUUAAAAGAGAAGGCUGAUGCCAAAGUCUGUCUGGAUUCAAGCUUUACUUAAUUUUAAUGAAUGUAUUUUUACUGUUUACAAAAAAAAAAAGAUGAAAUAUUGGUGAUGAAUAAAACUUUUGAAAAUUA